AUGGAUCUUCCUCAGAGUGAUGGCUUUGACAGCUGUUUGGUGGUAACCGAUCACGACUGUACCAAGGCUUUGGCAUUCAUACUCUGCAACAAGACAGUUACAGCAUCUGAAACUGCCACCCUGUAUCAGAACCAUGUCUUCCAACGAUUUGGACUACCCGUCAAAGCUAUCUCCGACAGAGGACCACAAUUUGCAUCACAAAUGUUCAGGGAACUAUGCACUAAAUUAGGCAUCAAACAGAACAUCUCUAAAUGUGUCAACCAAGGCCUGGAAUUGUAUCUCUGGAUCUUUUGCAAUCAUUGA